UUCACCUGGUCGUUCUGCUUCGAGGAACCCAUCCUCGACAACCAGAGUGGAGCCGUUUCUCCUUCCGCAGCAGGGGUCUCGGGGGCGCGGGGCUCUGUCUUUCCAGCGAGCGGAGCGAGGCAACGGGACCCCUGCGCCCCAGGAGGGCCCGGGAGGCUUGCUGGCGCCCUGGCGGCCCCAGCCUGCAGCAGAGACGAGGCCCCGCGGGGAAGUGCGGGAGGCGCGUCCUGCCGGCCCGGCCCGGGGCUCUGGCGCGGAGCUGCAGCCUCGCCUCGGCCUGGGCUCGCCGGCUCUGCCAGGGCGCGGACGGGGCCCCCGGACCUGCGCGGGGAAGACUGCAGAGCAGCGCAGCGUGGCUCCUCCGGGCCGCGGGCGGAGAGAGUCUUCCUGAAGCUCGCCCAGAGUGACCUCGAGGCCAAGCAGUCCAGCGCCUCCAUCUCCGAGUCGUCGAGGAACCACUUCCAGCUGUUCGCCGCCGCGGUGGGCAACUUGGAAUGGCUGCGGUUCUGUCUGAAUCAGGUCCACGGGGAGAUCCGGAGCGACCGAAAGGGGUUCACUGCCAUCCACUUCGCAGCCCAGCAGGGCAAGCUGGAAUGCAUGAAGGUCUUGAUAGAAGAGUACAAGGUUCCGGUGGACCUGCCCACCAACAGUAACCAGACCCCCCUCCAUCUCGUCAUCCACAAGGACAACAAGACCAUGGCUGUCCCCUGCAUUCACUACUUGCUCAAGAAGGGGGCCUCCAUCAACACUCCGACCAGCAGCGGCUUCACAGCCCUGCACCUGGCAGCCCGUGAAGGCUUGCUGGGCUGCGUGAAGGCCCUGGUGCAGAGUGGUGCCAAUGUCCACGCCCAAGAUGCCACAGGCUGCAAGCCCAUCGACUACUGCAAAAUAUGGAACCACCGUGCCUGUGCCCGGUUCUUGAAGGAUGCCAUGUGGAAACGGGACAAGAAGGAUUUUGCUUGUGAGAUGAGGAAACUAAAGCGCCUCAAGGCCCAGCUGACACUCAUGGAGCACAACUACUUGCUUGAGUAUCAAAAAGAACAUCAACUUCUGAGAGAGGCCAAUUUCAGGCAGUGGCUCCAUCACAAGCAGCUUCAACACCCGGUCUCCAACACCAAGCAACAGGCUGGUGCCCCAACUUGCCCCAGUGCCCUCUCUGAGACCCCAGGAUCCCGGAUUUCUAAGAGCUUCUACCGCUUGGUGGAAGCCCGACUGCAAAACAUGCCUCAGCCUAAGGCGCCACCCAAGCCAAUCUACAGGCGGCCUAAAAUCAGUCGGCCCAAGUCGUGGAACCUUAGCAAUAACCCUGCCAGAUCCCGCGCGCCCACCAUCAGCUGCCCACAGGACAUUCGUCUGGGUGUCCAUCCAGACCCCUGCCAGGAGCAUGACUUCUCCAACUUCCUGGAGGUGAUGCCUGACUCACAUGGGGGUGCACAGCUGCGCACAGUGGAUGGCCACUGGGUGGCGCCUGUACCCCGGCUCCCUUUCGAGGUGAUGGUCCGCAAUCUGUACCCAGGAGUGCGGCCAUACAGGAUAAAGGUGCCCCAGGGGCUUUAUGUCAGGAGCAUACUGGAUGUACCCCAGAGGCGGCACAUGGGCCAGGACGCCUUUUGGACAGACACUUUGGCCAUGAACCUGCGUGAGACAUUUGAUGAAGCCUUCCUGGCAGCCAUUCGAGCUCAUCAAGGGCUCCCCACCUUGCCCUCCUCUCCAGCACCCCAGUAAAGGUAGUCUGGUAGUGCCUA